AAGGUGUCAUGUGUCACAACCCACUGCGCUCCACAACAGGGAAGUGAACUGCACUUCCUAUUUCCUCAGCGUUACUGCUGUUUACUGACUUAACCAGAAAUCGAGAGGAUGACAAAGGAAAGGACCACGUUUGACGCACGGUUUAUAAAUGAAUAUGAGCAGUAAAUAAAACAGAUCGCCCGGUUCGGAUCCAGUUCUGCGCGCGUAAUGGGAGCGUCGCGUGCGCGGGCGGCACUUUGAUAAAACAAGCGACUAAUGUUUCCAAGUUUUAUAUGUUAGUGGCUGAAGACGAUUCAAGAUGAAGAAACAGUUCAACCGCAUGAAACAGCUCGCCAACCAGACCGUCGGCAGAGCAGAGAAGACCGAAGUACUGAGUGAUGACCUUCUUAUGAUUGAGCGGCGCCUUGAAAAUAUGCGAUUGGUCUCCCAUAAUGUACACAAGAAGAUGAUCAUGUGUCUGCAGAGCAACGUGGGCUCAGAUAUGGACAAGAGACAUAAAAAGCUUCCUAUCACAGCCCUUUCACAAUCCAUGCUGGAUGGAGGAAGUCAGCUCGGAGACGAGUCCCUCAUCGGGAAGAUGAUGGAAGUCUGUGGAGAUGCUGAAAACAAACUGGCCAUGGAGCAGAGCCAACAUGAAGUUCAGCUGGAGAGAGAUUUUCUGGAGCCUCUCAACCAGCUGACGGAGGUGGAUAUUCCUAACAUCCUGAAGCAGAGGAAACAUUUAGCCAAGCUUGUGUUGGAUUUUGAUUCUGCAAAAGCCAGGUAUCAGCAGGCCACGAAGGCGUUUCCGACAGCUGCAAAUGCUCAAGCAAUGGCUGCCAAAGUUGACAUACUUAAGGAGGAGAUGGAUGAAGCUCAGAACAAAAUGGAAAUAUGCAAGGAUCAAGUGGCUGCAGAUAUGUACAGCUUUUCCUCCAAGGAAGGAGAAUAUGCUCGCUAUUAUGUGUUGUUGUUAGAAGCUCAAGCUGAAUAUCACAGAAGAGCUUUGGCAUCCAUCGAGAGCGUCCUGCCCACCAUACAGUCACAGCAAGAUAAAUGGACAGAGAAGCCAGCGUUUGGCACGGCUCUGGAAGAACAUCUGAAACGCGCUAGCAGAGAGAUCGCUCUGCCCAUAGAGGCCUGCAUUAUGAUGCUGCUGGAAACCGGCAUGCAGGAAGAGGGUUUGUUCCGUAUCGCUGCCGGAGCCUCAAAACUGAAGAAGUUAAAGGCGGCACUGGACUGUUCCACUUCCCAACUGGAGGAGUUUUACUCUGACCCUCACGCUGUAGCCGGAGCCCUGAAAUCUUACCUGAGGGAGCUGCCUGAACCUCUGAUGACCUACCAGCUGUAUGAAGAGUGGAUCCAAGCCUCGAGCGUCUCUGAUCCUGAUAAGAGGCUUCAGGCGCUGUGGGUGGUGUGUGACAUGUUACCAAAAGCGCACAAGAACAACUUUAGGUACCUGGUGAAGUUUCUUGCAAAGCUUGCUCUGGAAAGUGACGUAAAUAAGAUGACCGCGAGCAACAUCGCCAUCGUACUGGGACCCAAUUUACUGUGGGCCAAGACAGAGGGAAGCCUUGCUGAGAUGGCAGCUACUACCUCCGUCCAUGUGGUGUCUAUAAUAGAGCUGAUAAUCAACCAUGCUAGCUGGUUCUUCCCUGAAGAUGUGGACUUCAAUGUCUCAGGCAUGUUUGCUAUGCCUGGGUGCCCGGGGACCCCUGACUUAGAAGCCGGGACCAUAGACAGGAGGCGCCCUAGCAGCCAGGGGUCGCUCGAUUCUGACACAGCCCGCAAAGACAGCCCUUCUAACAAACAGCCGGAAAUCGUCCCUCGUAGAGCUGGCACAGUAAAUAAAAAGCAGCACUCCACGCCUACCUUCCAGCCCCCUCUGCCUCCCAUUGACGACGGGGGGGUUCCUGUGUUUGAGCCCUCCCCUCGGUCGCCCACCGGCAGGGGUCUGGAGGCUGGGCAGGCGGGAGCUGCGCUUCCUCAGACCCUUCAGCCUUUAGUUCAGCAGACUGUGGAGAACAGUAACAUCGCCCGAGAUCCUGCAUCCACACCCCCUGCCAUGAGGAACGGCCCGGGAGCUGUGACUGGGACGCCCGCUCCGCUGAAUGUAGGGACCCCUACCUCAGGUCCUAAGGGCCCCAGUCCAUUCUUGGGCCGCAGAGGUACAAAGAAACAAGCGCCAGCACCUCCCAAACAGAGCGUAAAAGCGGCUCCUAACCAGGCCACACCAAACCAGCCGUCAGCCCUGAGCAGCCCACAGUCUCUCAUUGCACCCCGCCGCAGCAUUCAGACCCCCAUCCAGGCCCCCAGCCACCCUCCUCCUCAGCCUCCUUCCCAGCCUCCCCCUCAGAGCACAGAAGAAGUCGAACCGUCCCUAACCCGAACACCCACCCCUCCCGGUACACCUCCUCAUGACAGCUCCCAGCUGCGCCCCAGGCCCACCCCUCGAGCACGACCCAAACCCGCUGGCCCGCCACCACCACAACCAACGAGCGACGGCUCCAACGGUGUCUGUGUUUCUGGAUCCAAGAUUAUCUCCGAUGUGUGAUCUUCUGCCUGUGAGAUGUGGUGUGAGUGGCAGGCGAUGGUAAGAACUCUGGGCGUAUCAGUCGCUGUGUGUCUGAAUGCUUUCUCUGCCUGUUUAAUCCGACUAACAGCAACUUAACCUGCAUGACAAGCUGCCUAACCAGUGUCUUUGUGGCAUGUCUUAGGAGAAAAUACCAGCACAUGCUUUAUGCAACUAAACAUACAGUAACUCUUUACCCAUGAACCUCAGCUGCUUCCGCAGGGUGAAUGUUAGCUGUGCCACAGAU